UUGAGGCAACCUUCACAAGGUUUCAGAUUCUGUAAAUAACAGGAAUGUUGGAUUGGGAUUACACUCGAGAUGAUGGCUGCAAACAAUUAGUAGAUGUGAUGAGUGUGGACAACAGGUACGCAUCGCGAAAGAGACCUGCAAAGCGGGAAAGCCUUAAUUUGGCCGAGAGAGCUGGAAAACAAAGCAUGGUUGUUCGGAAAGGUACUUGUGAAUUACAAAAUUCUCGCAUUCCUAGAUUGGUCGCAACUCAAGGGACAUUGACAGCAUUCUUCAAGCUGCUAGAUGAGGAUACUAUCCAAGACAUGUUGUGGUUCGACAGAAACUGCAGACUAGCAGACAAGUACCUACUGGCAAUGGUGUACGUCUACUUCAAGAGGGCCGGUUUCCUACCUGGAGAGUACACGCAGAGAAAAUUUUUCGUUGCAAUGUAUCUAGCAGUUGAGAUGGAGGAAGAUGAUGAUAAUAUAAAGCGAGACCUGCUACCCUGGGCUCUUGGAAGGCCAUGGAGUAUUCAGUACAGAGAUUUUCUGGAUGAAAGAUACGCACUGUGGAGAACUAUACACUACCGAGCGGCAGUUAGUUGUACGACUUGUCAUGAGGUAAUGUCCUUGGCUCCAUAUCAUCCUGUCUGGUUGAGAUCGAGAGACAGACUACAUGCAGGAGCAACUCGACACUAUGUGAAAAUCAAAAGCAAGACAUUGUCAAGAACAUACUCUGGUUUAUCUUCACGAAGAGCCAAAGAAGAAUAAUCUUGAAACUGUCCAGGGGCUACAUUCCGGGUAUAGAUGCAGUUAUGUGUACCUCUGUUGUCUUUUGUGACACUGUCUUAUGUCAGUUAUCAGAUUUGUUUGGUGUUGU